GGACGGGCUGACAUCACAACUUGUGCUAAGAGGGAAGAGGACUGGGUCGGGUUAUUAGUGAGUGGGACUGAACUAGCAUCACAAGGGAACAACAAAACAUCAUCAAAAUGAGUGUCAACACUUCCAUGAUUGCUGUGAUUGUUCUUGGUGUAGCUUUAUUGCCUUUGACUCCAUCCUCAGCUAUGCAAGCAGGUUUGGGGGAAAAAGUCCUGAUCUUCCCUUAUGAAACGGAUUUCAGCUUUGUGGCCUUGAUCCCCCAGAAGGAGAUGGCUCUCCGGGCCUUCACCCUCUGCAUGCGUGUGGCCACCGAGCUGCCGGAGGAGCGGGAGAUCAUCCUCUUUGCUUACCGCACCGCAGACUAUGAUGAACUCAACGUGUGGCGUGAAAGGGACGGCCGUGUCUCCUUCUACUUGAGCGGCGACGGCACAUUCUUCCACCUCCCUCCCCUCACCACCUUCCGCACCAGCCUCUGCCUCACCUGGGAGUCUCGCACCGGCCUCGCAGCUUUCUGGGUUGAGGGAAAGCGCAGUACCUACCAGGUUUACAAACCCGGUCACAGCAUUCGACCCAAAGGUACGGUGCUGCUGGGCCAAGACCCAGACAAACACCUGGGAGGGUUGGAGGCCCAGCAGAGCUUUGUAGGGGAGAUGACCGAUCUGAACAUGUGGGACUUUGUGCUUUCUCGGAGCAUGAUCCAGGCCUGGCACUACGGACACAAGGUCCCCAAGGGAAACAUCUUUGACUGGGCCACCAUGGAGUACGAGCUGAACGGGAAUGUGAUGGUGGUGGAUGAUGACUGACUGGAUGUGAGGUCCAGUGCAGACAGGGCUCAGGCUUUGGAGGCGGGUGUUGGACUGAUACUAGUGUGUUCUUGUUUCUGCUGUCAUGUAAAACUGCUUCAUGAUAAGGUAAGAUGAGAAGGGAGGCACAGUGGCUUAUCAUCAUACUGUUUAUAUGUCACUAAAAGCUUUGGCUAAACGAGUAACCAAGAUUAUUGGUCUGAUGACAAUAGUUUAUCUGAAAGCUCUUUAUUUUUGGUGUUAAAACAGACCGGCAGCAGAAUAUGAUGUGUAAGGGAUUUUGUUUUUGCAAAAGGGAAAAUCCCAAAAUAAGUUGCAAGGAAGGUCAAAAUGAAUCCCUGAGGAAUUUAGGACAAAUCCUGCACAAAUUUGAGCUGAUUUCAGAUGGACUGGGGAUGCUUUAACCGGAGAAUAAAGAUUCCCAAAAAACAACUCAAACACCCACUUUACGUCUAGAGGACCAAGCUAAAGGUUUUCACCUAUUCCAGAUUCUGUCAACUAACAUAAACAGAGCAGUUCAAAGAGGUCGAUCCAAAAAUCCCACAACCUGAAGAUUUAUGCAGGAACAACAAGUUAAAAUCCAAACAAGAUCUGGCAGACUAGCUGCAGGUUUGCUUCUUAGAAGGUUGUUAUACAGAAGACCUUAAAGUGGCUGAAAUCUUUGCUUUAAAAACAUUUAUUUUUGUCAUAAUUCAGCUUUGAAAAGAACACAAAAAAUAACAAAAAUAAGUUUUGCUUGAAUUUAAAAGCAAUUUGUAUCCUUUAAGGUUAUGUUUUUUGGGAAUUAGAUCAUAUUAUUUUCUUUUCAAAAUAACAGAAAUAGCGUGAUGUGAAGCACUAAAAUCGAUGUGCCAAAUGUGUCCACAGGAUGGCGGUCUGCACUCAGUAACUUUUGUACAGCCAUACAUCUGUUCACUAAUGUAAUUUAGUACCAAUAACGUGUUAAAAUUGCAAUAAAAAAAGGUUAAUUGCAACAGUCGAGAUCAUUUUGAAUUAAGAUUAUUUAAUUUGCACAGAGUGAACCUGUAGAGGAUAAAAAUGCCAAGUACCUAAUCAUUAUGUAUUUAAAAAGACGUAAAGUUAAUAAUAUGCAGUUUUAAUUAAAAACUGCAGGGAUUUUAGUAAAUUAUAAUCCAACAGAAACUUUGAAUUUAUUCAGUAUUAAACAAGGAUUAUAAACCAUAUAAUGCCAAGAAGAGGGGCCUCAUUAUUUUGACGGUAGUUUUAGGUGCACUGUGAGACAAAGAGUAAUUAUCUCAUUUAAAAUCCUUUGCCGUAAAGUCGUCUUUGGUUAGAAAACUGACUUAUGAAUUUUCCAUGUGUCAACUGAUGUAAGAGUGCUUUUGGGCCUGAAAUAAAAUAAAAAUGUGCAUAAAUGAUAUUGUUUGUUACUGAAGACAUUACUCUGUCUUUGAACUCUUGAAGGUUUCACUUUUUUUCUGAUCAUACCAUUUUUUCAAACAUUUUCAGCUAAAUUUUACUUGUUGAUGUAAUUCUAAAGGGAGAAUUAUAAAAUCUGCUUGGCUAUUGUUUUGUUUAAGAUUAAUUUCAUAGUCUUUUUCUGAAUAUCCUCCAGCUGGUAAAAUAAUGUGAUGUUACUUGUCUCUAAUAAAAUGUGUGUAAAAAAAUAU